UUCAGUCUGCCUCGGAAUACCGCGGCGUCCCAAUGAAAUGGUCACGCUGUGCAGGCUAGCGGCGCUUGGCAGAGAUCCCCGCCUUCGUCGCUCGAGAGGGUUGCCGGAAGUCUUUCAUUGGCGCCCCUGAUGAUUCCUAGGCGCCGUAUAAAUUGCUUCGCAAGGACAGAAACCUCGAGUAAGCAGCUCUCACGCGGCGACUGCAGCUUCUGCGGGCACGCUAAGUGCAUAGUCGACCGGAGCGUAAGACAGCGUAGAACCAAAAACCACGGGUGAGCCCGCAUAGAGAAUAUGGGCGAGAACAGCGACAGGUGCCGGUGAGUGACGCAGCGAACCGACGUGCCGGGAGUAUGAAACGGUCGUGGAGAGCGGAUAAUCAGAAAGAAACGUCCAGUCAGCACCUGUGAGGACGGCAGCUCAUGGAGUACUCGUGGUCUGGCCGUCAGCUCCCAUACAGCCCCGAGAUGGGUGGCAUCGGACCGCUCUUCUACGUGGCGUUCGCCGUCCUCCUUGUUCCUGGAGUCGUCGGAAACCUAUCUGUGGUGCUCAUGGCCUGCUGUUAUGCCCGUCUGAGGACGCCCGCGGGCCUCUAUGUUGUCAACGUAGCCGUCGCGGAUCUGCUCGUCUGCGCCUUCGGUGUGCUACUUGACCCCGUGUCAGUGCUCCUGCGUCGCUGGCCCUUCGGCGAAGCGCUUUGCUACGCGUGCUCCUUUUCCGAGCACCUUGGAGUGUUUGUGCACGGCUACACGCUCGUUGUGGCCGCCGCUCGCUUCGUCGCCGGCAGGCCUCCCAAGCCAAGGUCUUGCCACCUGAACAACGUCGGUGUCUGGUUCCUGGGCACAGUCGUUUGCUUGCCUCAGGUGCUGUUCGUCGAUUCUCGCGCGCUGGCUGUCCACGGGCAGUGCGUCGUCAAGUGGCCCGGGACUGUCAAGAUGCUGGAGCCGUUCGUCUCCUUCGCCGCGCUUGCCGCAUCGCCGUUCCUGUUGGUCACCGUCUUGUACGCCUGGCUCCGGGCGUCCCUGUGGCUGGGCAGAGGCACGAGGCGUUCGUUUGUGCGGCGGGCGAGCAUAGUGCGUGUGUUUUGGCUCAUGGCACUGUUGCUGCUGCUUUGUCGGACGCCCCUGCACGUGACCCGGUGCCUGCUUGGCGUGUGGACAGCCAUGAGGGCCAGUACGCACGUCACUGUGGUGGUACUUGCCACGCGGGCAAUCGCCGCCGCUGUCGUCUGCUUCACGGCAGCUUUCUUUUUUGAUCUUAGUGCCAAACAACUUGCGAGAAGGGUGAGACCGGCGCCCUCGGUUGCGGUAAAUGGCUCAUAAGGAAGAGUUUGCCGCGCUAUCUGGCUAGAACGGUGGUUUUGCCAGCAAUUUCCAAUCGCCCUGCGCUACGAUACAAGCACGUAUGUGAACUUUAACUAUUGCUUAUCGUAGACGUGUUUUGAAUUUUAUAAAGUGUUUGCAGGCUCGAAUGUA